CUUCUAAGCGGCUGACCAGGAGAAUCGAGUGGUCUAGGCGGUACUGCAGACCCACCGAUAGCCGGUCACUCAAGUAUCAUCAAUAUCAUCUCGUUCUUCUGCCCCCUUCCUCCAACCGCUCCUGUCCAGACGCAGAUGUAAAACACCAUGGUUCUUGCGAGACUCACAUCGAAGCCGGCCUUACUCGUGCUACCUGUCUUGCUCUUGUUCAUCAUUGCCUACCACCUCUCGUCAAAUCAUCAUUUCCCUACCCCUACCAUACCUCAGCUCUCUGUCCCACGCCACUGCUCUCCAAACCUAGCCAGAUUGCAACAGCUGAAGCUGUCCGCAGAGAUAAACUACGGUCGCGCUGCUAUAAACGUUCGUUAUGCUGCCUCCACAUCGCAACCCGAACAAUUUCAGCUCCCGCUUCCUGAAUUCAACAAGAUGCGGGUGCAUGAACAUGUGGAGGGAAGUGAACCUCCUCAAUGCCCAGAGCCUUUCAUGCUAAGCUACGACACUCCGCCGCCGCCACCUGACCUCUCCCACAUCAUUUUUGGCGCCGCGACGACGAUCGAUCGAUUGGAGGCCUCGUUCUAUGAUUUUGCUCAUUGGAUAAGUGGCACAAAUGCUCUGCUCUAUGCAAUCCUUGAGCCAGCAGCCGCGCCCGAUAUCGAGCGUUUGAAAGAGAGAGCAAAGUCAAUGGGAUUCCGACUCACUGUGGAAGAAUCAGAAUUGGACUGGCAUCGACGCUAUUUCACCCUUACGCGGCGCUUCUAUGAACAUCACACGAGCACCACCAAGUGGGGUAUAAUAAUUGACGACGAUACCUUUUUCAUCUCGCCUACCCGCCUAUCAUCUUUCCUGGCCUCCUUUGACCAUACGCAAAAAUAUUACAUCGGGGGUGUGACUGAAGACUUCGGACAGAUUAAGAACUUUGGUAUUUUUGGAUAUGGCGGUGCGUCGAACAUCUUAUCAAUUCCAUUAUUGGCAGAGUUGAACGGUCUAUACGACGUGUGUGUUAAGGAAGAGACUGGUGGAGACAUCAUGCUCGCUAGGUGCCUUUAUGGGCACACCGGAACCAAGCUGACAAUGGAACACCGAUUACAUCAAUUCGACAUGAACGGAGAUCUUUCAGGAAUUUACGAGUCCGGUCGCCGCCGGCCCCAAAUGCUUUCAGUGCACCAUUGGAAAUCGUGGCAUCAAGCAAAUAUGACCAACAUGGCUGCGGUGUCAUCAGUCUGCGGCGAUGAAUGUUUGCUUCAGCGCUUCAAGUUUGCCGAUGGUUGGUGGUUAACCAAUGGCUACUCCCUCGUUAAGUACAGCAAAGAUCUCUCGCUAGACGAUGUUACGAUCGAACACACGUGGAGAGAGAAUGGAGACUACUGGCACAGCUUCGAUCCACUGCGGCCAAAAGACGAGGGAAAGACAUCUUUGAGACUGGAGCUUGUGGAAAGGACGGAGAAUAGUGUUUCUCAAUUCUACGUGCAAAGGAAGGAGGGACUCGACCAUGUAUUUGAGAUGGUCUGGACGACGACGUAAAACCACGAAACUAGCACUUACUGUUCUUUCUGCCUAUUCAUUGGUAUAGAUAUCCCACGGAGAUGCUUAUCCACAUUCAAGACGUCAAAACAAACCUCGUCUUACAACCGAAUGCUUCGGUG